UCGACCGUCUCUCCUCCAGCAGCCGCCUGGUUUCUCUGCAACCUCCUGCCGCUUCAUCAUGGAUCUGGGGACUAAAAGAGCCGCUUGGAUUAUAGCUCCGCUCGCCCUGCUUCUCUUCAGCUCGUACGGGACAACUGGAGAAGAGGUGUGUGAUAGCCCACUGGUCUCCAACCUGCCACCAUCAUCCUUCAAGAGCUCCUCCCAGCUGUCCAGCAGCCAUGCACCAGGCUUUGCCAAGCUCAACAGAAGAGACGGAGCUGGAGGUUGGUCACCUCUUAUGUCAGACAGGUAUCAGUGGCUUGAGGUUGACUUGGGUGAGCGGACUAAGAUCACCGCUGUUGCCACACAGGGCCGUUAUGGCAGCUCUGAUUGGCUAACGUCUUACCUGCUGAUGUUCAGUGACACGGGACACAACUGGAGGCAGUAUAGACAGGAGGACAGUAUUGGGUCUUUUCCAGGUAACAGUAAUGCAGACAGUGUGGUUCAGUACAAGCUGCAGCAGCCGGCGAUUGCCCGCUUCUUCCGCCUCUUUCCUCUGGACUGGAAUCCGAACGGGCGGAUUGGACUCCGACUGGAGACCUAUGGAUGCCCUUACACCUCUGAUGUGGUGAGUUUUGAUGGCGGCAGCAGCGGUCUGGUGUACUGGUUGACUUCUGGGCUUAGGCGGACAUUCAGAGAUGUUAUCACUCUGAAGUUUAAAGCCCUGAGGAAUUCUGGGACACUGCUGCAGGCAAAAGGACAGGAAGGACUCGGCCUGAAUCUGGAAUUAGAGAGAGGAAAGCUACUGCUGCUGCUGAGACAAGGUAGGACUUCAUCCACUGAUCCCCAGCGGCUCGUUUCCCUCGGCAGCCUGUUAGACGAUCAACACUGGCACCAUGUAACGGUGGAGCGACGCAGCUCUCACCUCAACCUCACUGUUGACAAACACACAGAGAGGGUUCAGAUCCCUUCAGAGUUCAGCCACUGGGGCAUUGAACAGCUGAGUUUGGGGGCAGUUCAGGGUGAAGUCUCUCAGAAACCAGUAACCUCCAAGAGGAACUUCCACGGUUGCCUGGAAAACCUGCUGUACAAUGGCCACAACCUGAUAGAACUAGCUAAAAACAAAGACCAACAAGUUCAUAUUUUGGGCAAUGUCACCUUCUCAUGUGCUGAGCCAGUUUCUGUUGCGGUGACGUUCACUGGGCCCGAGAGCUUCCUCCAGCUACCUAGGACUUUAACGUCUUCGUCAGGGGGCGUAUCUGUGGGGUUCCAAUUCAGGACAUGGAACAAGGAGGGGCUUCUGCUUACUUUUGACCUUCCUCAGCAAGGGGGCGUGGCCUGGUUGUACCUGAGUGAGGCCAGACUCCAACUACAGAUCCAUAAAGGUGGCAGGGCGCUGCUGGAGCUCAGCACAGGUGCUGCUCUGAAUGACGGUCAGUGGCAUUCAGUGGAGCUGAAUUCCAGACGAGGACGUCUAACCAUCACAGUGGAUAAAGAGGAAAGAGACAGCACUCAAGCCAGCCCAUCAUUUCCUGUCACUGUAGAAAGUCACCUCUUCUUCGGAGGUUGUCCUGCUGAAGAUGACAGUCAGAAGUGCAGGAAGCCCUUUAAUGCCUUCCAGGGCUGCAUGCGUUUAUUUACUAUGGACAACCAAGAAAUGGACCUGAUUAAAGUGCAGGAAAAGCAUGUGGGAAACUACAGCAACCUGCAGAUUGACAUGUGUGGAAUCAUUGACAGGUGCUCUCCCAGUCCCUGUGAACAUGGUGGGCGCUGCAGUCAGUCUUGGACUGUCUUUCAUUGCAACUGUUCUGACAGCGGCUACGGGGGAGCGACCUGCCACAGCUCUGUGUACAGACAGUCCUGUGAGGCGUACAAACACAGUGGCAACACAUCGGGACAUUUUUAUAUCGAUGUGGACGGCAGCGGACCGAUCAAACCGCAGCUGGUCUACUGCAACAUGACAGAAGAGAAGACAUGGAUGGUGAUCCAGCACAACAACACAGAGCUGACCAGACUCCGACCAUCUCCAGGUGUAAACCAAUAUUCAGUCCACUUUGACUACUCAUCUGAGGAGGAGCAGCUGUUUGCCGCCAUUAGCCAAUCGGAGCACUGCAAACAGGAACUGUCGUACCACUGCAAAAAGUCUCGUCUCCUCAACACCCCAGAGGGCUCUCCACUCAGCUGGUGGGUCGGUGGUCCCGGUGGAGGUCGAGUCCAGACUUAUUGGGGCGGAGCUCAGCCGGGCAGCCAGCAGUGUGCCUGCGGCCUGCAGGGUGACUGUGUGGAUCUACAACACUACUGCAACUGUGAUGCUGACCGUAUGGAGUGGACCGAAGACUCAGGCUUGCUCACCCAUAAGGAGAGCCUCCCUGUCAGAUCUCUGGUGUUGGGUGACAUACAGAGGCCGGGCUCAGAGGCUGCCUACAGAGUAGGACCGCUGCAGUGUCACGGCGACAGGAACUUUUGGAAUGCUGCAUUUUUUGACAAGGAGACAUCGUACCUCCACUUUCCUACUUUCCACGGAGAGCUGAGCGCAGACAUCUCCUUCCUGUUUAAAACCAUGGCCUCCUCCGGUGUGUUUCUGGAAAACCUCGGCAUCAAAGACUUCAUCCGGAUCGAACUGAGCUCCUCCACUCAGGUGGUUUUCUCCUUUGAUGUUGGUAACGGCCCGCUGGAGGUUCGCGUGGAGUCGAGCGUCCCGCUGAAUGACAACCGGUGGCAUCGAGUCCGAGCCGAGCGAAACGUGAAGGAGGCGUCGCUUCAGCUGGAUGAACUUCCUGUCGCCACGCAGGAGGCGCCUGCGGACGGACACUUCCACCUGCAGCUCAACAGCCAGCUGUUCAUAGGAGGCACAGCAUCCAGGCAGAAAGGCUUCCGGGGCUGUAUCCGCUCUCUUCAGCUGAACGGUGUCACUCUGGACCUGGAGGAGAGGGCAAAGAUCACACCGGGGGUUCAGCCCGGUUGCCCAGGUCACUGCAGCAGCUACGGCUCGCUCUGCCAGAACCAGGGACGCUGUGUGGAGAGAGCUAACGGCUUCCACUGUGACUGCGGCCUGUCACCGCACACUGGAGUCUUCUGCCAAACAGAGGUGUCAGCCAGCUUCAAGUCAGGAACAUCUGUCAGCUACACCUUCAAGGAGCCCUAUGAGCUGAGCAGGAACAGCAGCACUCUGCCAUCCUCCAUCUACUCCGACCUGACGCUCAGAGGAGAGAACGUCUCCCUGAGCUUCAGGACGAACCAGAGUCCAGCUCUGCUUCUCUAUGUCAGCUCCUACUACAGAGAAUACCUGGCCAUUCUCAUCAAUAAGCAUGAUAAGCUGGAGGUGAGAUACAAGCUGGACAGCAACAGAGAUGCUGAAGUGCUGAGGAGCAAAGUGAGGAGCCUGGCCAAUGGACAGCUGCACACUGUUACCAUCAGGAGGCUGACAGAGUCUGUGUCUGUGCAGAUUGAUCAAAAUGCCAGAGAGCACUUCAACCUGACGUCUGAUGGGGAAUUUAAUGCCAUCAAGUCACUGGUGUUGGGCAGAGUGCACGAGUCUGAUGGCUUGGAUGCAGACCUGGCCAGGUUGGCAUCCCUCGGUUUUACAGGUUGCCUGUCAGUGGUCCACUUUAACACCAUCAGCCCUUUGAAAGCAGCUCUGCUGCACCCUGACUCCAGCCCUGUCAUCAUCUUUGGACCUUUAACUCAGUCCAACUGUGGCUCUGCAGCUUCGGCCAAUCCCUACUCAGCUGAGAACACACACCACCUGUCAGACCAGUCUGGUUCAGUGGGUUCAGGUCAACCUUUAGUCAAUUCCAUCAGGACUGACUCGGCUCUUAUUGGAGGUGUCAUCGCAGUAGUCAUCUUUGUGAUCGUGACUGCCCUGGCGAUAACGGCCAGAUUCCUCUACCGGAAGAAGGACACAUAUCGAAGCAAGGAAGUGAAGGGAGUCAAACAGGAGGACAGCCAAGACUUUCCUUUUAACAACCAGGCUGACUCCCAGAAUCUCUCCACUGAAAACCCAAAGGAGUAUUUCAUUUAACUGGAGACCUGAUGUGCUGCUGGGUUUUUGGAGCCGAAGUUGCAGACAUACACAUCUUGACAUGCCUUGGGACUUUUCAGUGCACUCAGGAGCCACUCAGACACUUCUCUGGCAGAAGUGGCUCUGCAGCACGUGAAAAGCAAAGAACAACAAUUUUCUGUUGCUUAAUGCAAAAUGUGAAUACACCGAUACAAUCGGGCAACAGUGUUGGACUUUAAGGUGUUGAUAUACUUGUUUAAGCAACUGUAAAUAUUCAAAAAUGUAAACACUGAAUUAAUGUCUUUGUAACAAUUUCUGGCUAAUGUUGAAAUGUCAGAAAUAAUGGAGGUAACAGUAUUUUUUAUUGUGCAUGGGCAGGGAAAAUGUGAAACUAUGUCCGCUUGUGUUUGGAUUUCACCUGGAGAAAGAGUAGGGGGUAAACUCAAAUACCUGUGAGAAGUUUUGCCUGAAUUUCAAAAGAUCCAACAAGAGCCAUCCAUGGAUAUUUUAUAUUUACCUUUUUCAUGUUUCCCACUAUUAUUCAGUAACUGUCUGUUUUUUUAAACACCUCUCAAGUUCUCGUUUAUGUUUGUGAGUUCAGUCGUCUAAUUAUACAGUAUACACUGAUUGCAUCCAUAGAAAUUUUCAUUCAUGUCACAAAAAAAAACAAAAAACAAACAUUCAACAGUUUUAAAUUUAAUCACUGUUGACAGAAAAGGUUUAUCAUGGCAGAAAGAAAGCAAUGUCAAAGGUCGUGGGUGGUCGCUUAAAGAUUCCGGUGAUGGUUCAUUGUAAGAUUUUGCUCAUUUCUUUUAGUUCACUCUCACCACUCAAAGCAUCUUUGGUGCCAGUAGGCAGCCGUAUGUACAAAAAUGGCUCACUGCGCUACCGGCCCAAACAUCAAGCUCAACGUGUUAGCUGGUGAACGUAACGGAGCAUUUCGCAGCUAAAGAGCCAAAUAUCUUCUUAGAGGUCAGAGACCAAACUAGAACUAAAAAAAAAACAAAGUCAUGAUACCAUGAGGGCUGGAUGUGUACCAGGGAUGUUCCUGGCGACUAAUCUGCUAGUCGUUUAAACGAGAAAAAAUUAGACUAGUCGACUAGUAUGAAAUACAGAAAACCCUCAGAAAGCAUUUAAAACUGAGCACGCUUUAAAUGGACAAAGUUAAACACAGGCCAAUCGAAUACUUCAUGUGUAUUUUAGGAGCUCUGUGUUAAUCACAUUCCUCACUGAAACGUUUGCAUAGUUCGGCUAACCUUAGCAUCAGUAGCCUUGAUUUCUUUGAUGCUAGCAUGCAGAAUAUGGUUACACCUGGCUUCAACUGCUUGGUUCUAUUCUAGUUUAUUCUGACAAAUCAGAAAAUCAAAAACACAGCUGUUUUCUUUUUUCUCUGCAGAACAGUCCUGGUUAGCUUGGUGGUCACCUGUUGGCUUGCUGCUACACAUUAAUCAAAAAAAUAUUUCUGGCACCGACUAAGACGUCUAGUUGUGGACACGUGGUCAAACAGCUACUCUGUUUACCUACUAUAAAAGCACACCAAUCUAUUGUAUUCUACUUUAUUAGUGACAGUCUGAAUCUAGCGCUGAAUGGUGGACUCCCCCAAUAAACUUCUGCAUUGAGAGGCUAUUGCUGGAGAAAAAAAAAAAUGCAGUCCACAACCAUAUCCAAAAUGGAUUAAUAGUCUUAGUAUUGUGAGCCUAAAGAUACGUUCUUUAAGUGAUUUGUUGUAGAUUCGUGUAAUUUCCGUCAGAUGUCUUUUAAUAUAGUUUCAGGCUAGUCUGACACUUUACCUCUAAAGCUUUAAUUAAAACUGAUGCGCUGAGUCGCAUGUAGCUUCAGGUGACUGCACAAAAUUACCAAUUUGAAACAGGGUAUCCCAAGAAAAUUCCUUAUGAAAAGAAGAAAAAUCAUAUAUAGAAGCCAUUUCUACUUUAAAUGGAUACUUCACAGUAGUGUAAAUUCUUCCCUGUCAGUUUUCUGGAGUCAUUUAUGCAAACCUUUGUAUGUGUUCAUGUCUGUUACAGUAAAGGUUUGACUUAUCUAAGCCACAAUUAGGAUAGUGAUACUGAUUUGGGUUUUAUUCUGUAAAGGGCAUCGUUUACACUUGGUCAUAUUUCUGCCAUAUGCAUGCUCUUAUGUUGGUGCAUUCUCAUAUUAAACAUGACCAAAGUUUGAAAUAUUAACAUCAGCAUAUGUAAAUGUGAUCCCUGUGAGCUAAAAGCUCAGGAUUCAGGCAUCUCUAAACACUUGGUUUCAGACAGUUACUACUCGGCUCUGUAUGACGACAGAAAGGGAUAUCCCAUAUAUGGUCAUCACAGCUGGUGGUAACGAGUAAAAAAGACCCAACCAUCUGCUGUUCAAAUUUUCUGUUCAUGUGCAACAGGAAAUCAAGCCUUGGUGGCACAGUAGUGCAGUGGUUAGCUCCAUGGCCUCACAGCAAGCAGGUCCCGGAUUUGUAUCCAGACGGGGGGGGGCUUCCUUUGGCUUCCUCCCACAGUCAUGGGGUUUGGUCACUGGCAGCUGAGAUAGACUUCAUCCCCCAUGAAUUGGAGAAGUGGAUUAAGAUGGAUGGAGGAAAUUAAAGUCAGUUUAAAGAGAGGAGCUAAAGCAGCUUGUUUCAGACAGGAUGAACCAAGUCCUUUUAUUAAGGUAAAUGAUUACUUCGAACUGUUAAUCAUGCAGAGCUACUUUAAUAAGUCAAAGAGUAAAAAAGUGGAGCUGGAAAUUGGCAUAAUGGGCUCCUUUAAACAGCCAAAGACCUUGAUCAUUUCUAAACUGCUAUUGCACGUGCAGUUUACUCAAGUCUUUGCAUCCUCCUCACUUUGCUUCCUCCACUUAAAAGUUUUCUCCUCCCUGCUGCAUUCUGCCUGCUGGGAGCUUCCUCACUCAGCUCCCUUAAUGUCUUUGAACAGUGAAACUUUUAACACCGACAGCGGCACCACCUCUGUAACAGUGUGGCUGUCUGUCACCUCGCUCGCUACACGCAGAGGCAGUUAAUGUGUUUUGGAAAUGCUAAUCUGCUUUGAGCUGACAGGUGGAUUGUGAUUCGAUAGAAAGCAGAAGGAGAUGAGGAGAAUCAGACAGAAAGAUAAUCUGGCAGACACUGUCAAGCACCCAUGGCUAUAAUGAAAAUUCACUCUGAUAUUAACACUUGAAAAUCAAGCCAAGCCUUCCAUGUGUUAA